ACACUGUUAGAGUAGAUAUGUGUGUAUUAUAUUUUGCCCAUAUGUUAGGGGCCCUUUUGCAUAUUGCACCUGUACAUUGUACUAUAUAUUGUGGCCUUUUGGCCCCCAGUAAUACAACACAGAUUAUUCUCCUAUCAUGGUAUCAGAGCCGUAAGGCUUCUUUUUUCGCAUCGCAGCCGCCGCCGCCGCCCGCCUUGGCAUCUCGCCGCACGCGCCGUCGCCGCCGCCGCCUCUCCUUCACCAGCUCCGGCCGCCCGCCCUCCGGGCCGCCGCCUCCGAGCCGCCCGUCCGCUGUUUCCUGGCCUCCCGCCGGCUGUUCUCGCCGUUCCCGGCCGCCUCCCGUCGGCCGCCCGCUUCCCAGCGCCCUGCUCGCCGGCCGCUGCUCCGGCCGCCCGCCGGCCUGCUCGCCGGCCGCUGCUCCGGCCGCCCGCCCUCCGAGCCGCCCGUCCGCCUCCAGGCCGCCCGGCCGUCCGUCCGCCUCCAGGCCGCCCGGCUGCUCGUCCUCCAGGCCGCCCGUAUGAGCUUCUGCUCCCGAUCGAUUUGGAGAUCGAUCUGAUCUCCUGAUCGGCUCGGCUCGGCUCGGCUCCUUCGGCUCGGCUCCUGAUCGGCUCGAUCUGAGCUUCGGCUCGGCUCGGCUCGGCUCGGCUCCGUCAGUUAGUAAAAAAAAAAAAAAAAAAAAAAAACGACAGAGCUAUGUCUUCCUCGUCGGGUUAUGUUGCGAUUCCUCGCUGCCCGGUGACUUUUGAUGGCGCGAAUUAUCCUGAUUUCGCUGCCUUUAUGCGCGUCCACAUGCGCGGUCUUCGUCUUUGGGGUGUGCUUUCUGGCGAGGUCCCUUGUCCGUCGCGCCCCGUUGCUCCUACGGCGCCUACUGCACCGACGCCCGUUUCCCUUGCCCCCGAUGCUUCUCAGGAGGACAAGGAUGCAGCCAAGAGUGCCGCUGAUACUGCUCUGGCUGAUUAUGACCGGAAGGUUGAGGAGUAUUCUACUGCUGUUGCGACCUACCGGCUGGAUCUGACUGACUACACUCAGUGGAUCGAUGAUGAUGCUCGUGCUGCUGCUGUUCUCACUUCCAGUGUUCUGCCUCAGUAUGCUGCCGAGUUCAUGAGUCUUCCCACUGCUGCUGCUCAGUGGGCUUUUCUUCGUCAGCGCUAUCAGCCGUCUGGGGAUGCUCUUUAUCUGUCUGUGGUUCGUCAGGAGCAUGAUCUUCAGCAGGGUGAUUCUACUAUUGACGAGUUCUAUACUCAGAGUGCUGCUAUUUGGCGUCAGCUUGAUUCUCUUCGUACAGCUGUGUGUGGCACCUGUCCCUGCUGUCUGACUGUGCGCGCGGAUCUGGAGUUUCAGCGCGUUUUUGAGUUCUUGUCGCGGCUCCGCACGGAGUUUGAGCCGCGUCGUGCCCAGCUGCUUGCCCGUGGUCGUGUUCCGCUCUCUGAGGUACUCGCUGAGCUGCGCGCAGAGGAGACUCGUCUUCGUACUGCUGGUUCUGUGUCUGGCUCUUCUGGCACCGCGCGACCACCACCUUCUACACAGUCAGGACCGCCGUACACAGGCCCUGGUUGGAGCUGGCCCUCGCAGCCUUGAGUCCCCGGGCCUCUGGGAGUUAGACUGGCUUCGCGUUCCUUCCGCCGACACUUCA